GACGAAAACUGGAGGUAAACCAUUAAUGGCCCUCUUUAGUUUACCCUGCAAAUCCCCAAAUUUGUGCCCUAAUUUUCCCAGAAAAAAUCAUGCAAUUCAAAUGCCGAUUUCAUCUAAUUGUUUGAUUUCCAAUGCUUGUAAAGGUGAAAUAUCGAGAUUUACCAUGUCAGGCACAACGAUUAACCCGUUUAUUCGGAAAGCUGAAUGUCGCUCAAGUUUGGAUUCUUCUGGUGCAUCAGAAGGAGAAGGAGCACCUCCCAAUGUUGUAAUUUUCGUCAAAGGAUUGGCUCAAUCAACAUCUGAAGGAGCACUGAAGGAGGCAUUUUCACAAUUUGGAGAAGUCUGUCGAGUAAAAAUUAUAAGCGAUAAAAAGACGCAGCAGUCACUAGGAUUUGCAUAUGUGUGGUUUACAAGAGAAGAGCAUGCACGAGCUGUCGUGGAUAAAAUGAAUGGAAAUUUUUUUGAGGGUAGAUUUAUACGAGUGGAAAUUGCAAAGCCUGGAUCUUGCAAACCUCGUCCGAGGCCUAGACCUUAUAAAUUCUAGACAGCAUACAGAUUGUAGGCCAGAGGAAGAUUCAGAUGCCUACAAGUCAAUGUGUCGGUACAAAAUUAGAUAUUCAAUGAUGUUGAAAUUCGUUUUUGCAGUCUCGAAUGGUGCUUCUUUUGUGCCUGUCUAAAACUUUUACGUACGGUACAAUCCCAGCCCUCAUUUGUGCAUUCUUUAAGUGUUGUUUCACAAGGGCAAUACAUGGAUAGGUUUUUUGAGGUAAUUAUGCCUACUUGAUUAGGCCAGUAAGUUUUCGAUCCUUCUGUUAUUAGCGACAUCAUCUCUGUAUGUAUUGGCAAUUGGUUGUUAAAAAUGUAUAUAGAAUGGUUCGAAUUCACUUGUGUUA